GGCGGGGCUGCGCGUGCGCCUACGGGGUUGGCGGAAGAGGCGGGUUUUGUAAUAACGGUCCGCGCUGCUCGAAGUGGCGUGGGUUGAGGUGCGUGUGGAGCGUCGGGCGGCGUCUGCUGAGCCACAUGUGGUGCCGAUGGAGUGCAGCAUGUGGACUUGUUAUAAAAGUGAUGAUGAGGAACUGCUCGCAGCUGUGGACUCGUUACGGAAUCAGCUGAGGAGAACUGAAAAAAACCUACAGACUGUAGGGGCAGAGCUUUCCAGCGCUGGUACAAGUGAACAUUCUGACUGCUGUUUUGAUGAGGCUGCAGACCUCACCCUGGAGAACCUUGUUCAGCUUAAUUGCAACAGUCAGUACUCUUCCAACUGCAAGAAGACUGUUGGUAAAAUGUCUUGCCGGGAUUUUCAAAGAAAAUCCAAUUCUGACUUGAUGCCUAUAGCUUUUGAUAAAGCUGUGGAAGAAAAUGAACGUCUUAAGGAGAAGCUGAAUGAUCUCCAUGAGCAAAAUGCUUCUUUGGCUUCUCAGAACCAUUACCUAAAUAAUAAAAUUGAAACAAUAAACUUGGAAUUGAUGGAGUCAAAAACAAGAAUUUCUUACCUUGAAUCAACUUUAGGUACACAUUUAGUUAGCAUUCCUAAGUUAGAAGAACGAAUUGUAACUUUGGAAGCAGAAGUUUCAGCACAAGAUAAAAUUCUAAGAGAUGCAGAAGAUAAACUAGAGCGAAGCCAGAAAACAGUGGUGGAAAGAGAAAGUGUGUUGCAAAGAUACAAAAGGGACUAUGAAAAUCUGAAAAUUGAAUUAAUUGAACGAAACAAGCAAGGAAAAAGAGCAGAACAACAAAGAAAUGAAGCUUUAUUGAAUGCUGAGGAGCUAACAAGAGUUUUCCAAAAGUAUAAGGAGAAAGUAACUGGAAGGUUUGAGAAGGUUCAGGCUGAAGGAGUGCGCUUAGAAAACUAUAUAAUUAAUUGUGAAAAAGAAAGAGAGAAGUUGAAUGAAAAAUGUGUCAGCUACAGAAAGCAUCUAGACAUCCAAGAAGAGCAAUUAAGAUACACUUUUUUUAGGCAACUCAGGGAAGAGAAUCGCAAUGCAAAAGAAGAAAUUAUAACUCUAGAGGCGAAGAACAGAGAAAUUAUAUCAACGUUGAAUCAGUCCAAGCAGAAGAUCCGUGAGCUUGAAAAGGAACUUAAUGAAGAAAAAAGAGCUCUUAAAGAGAAAAAUGCUCUGGUCAGUGAAAACACAGAGCUGAGAGCACUUAAUGCACAGCAACAUAACAACUUGAAAUUAUGCCAUCAAGAAAUGGAGAAUUCAAAGCGAGAGCUCAACUUACUAGAAACCAUUAUUUCCCAGUUGUCUUUAAGUACAUCUGAAGAGUUUAAAUGGCACAACUUGAAACAUCAGCUAUCCAGUUCACCCACAAAAGAAGCUGUCUCUGAAUCCUGUGAAUCAAAUAAACCUUUGACUCCAGGCCUAAGCAUUGAAUUAGCAAUGAAGGAAGCAGAAAUUGGAAAGCCUCACACAAAUUUAACUGCCUGUAAUACAGUUGAGCAUUUAUUGAAUGAUAAUGAAAGCCAAGAAAAAAGAGGGUUAUGUGGCCUAGAAGCAGAGCCUGUCAAAUUGAUCAAAACUCAAGAAGAGGGGAGAAAAUGUCAACAGUUGGAACUUGUCAGCAAACAAUUUGAAAAGGAAAGGCAAAGAUUCAAGAAAGAGAUGGAAAAAUUACGUGUUAAAAUGGCAAAACUACAUAAUGAGAAUUUGUCUUUGAAGACCAGCAUGGCUCAGAGAACCAGUCAGUUUCAAAGCAUGCAGGAAGAGCUAUCUGCAAAGACUUUAAAAACUAAUACCUUAAAACAAGAAAUAGCAAAGAAAUCUUCUCAGCUUUCUGCACUUAAGAAACAAUUGGAAGAAAAAGCUGUUGCUUAUUCUGCUGCUGCUGCACGAAGUAUGGAGUUGGAACAGGAACUCAUGGGAAAAAACAAACACAUUUGUGAGUUGGAAACAACUGUCAGUGAAGAGCACAAGCAACUAACUUAUGCUUUUGAAAAAGCAAAAUUGAUUCAUCUUGAGCAGCACAGAGAGAUGGAGAAACAGAUAGAACUACUUCAGACACAGCUAGAUAAGAAACAUCAACAAUUUGUGGAACAAGAGACGACAAUAUCUGUUUUGCAAAAAGAUAUUAUACAUAAACAGCAUCACAUCGAAUCAUUGGAUGGGCUGCUGAUGGAGAGCAAAGAGGAAAUGAAGAAACAAGAUCUCAAGAAAGAUGAGAGACUGAAGAUACUGGAGAGUCAGUUAAAUGAGCAAACAAUCAAAGUGAAACAACUUGAGUCAGCACUGGAUGUAUGUAAGGAAGAACUUACACGGUAUUUGAGUCAGACGGAAGAAAACAAGGAGAUGUUUCAAAAUCAGCUCAAAAAGAAGUCUGAAGAGGUUUGUUAUUUACAAAAGGAAAUAAAACUGAAAGGUCGUAACCUUCAGGACACAAACGAACAGAAUAUUCUCCUGCAACAAACUUUGCAUCAUCAGCAGCAAAUGUUGCAGCAAGAAACUAUUAGAACUGGAGAACUGGAAGAUAAUCAAACUAAGCUUGAAAAACAGGUAUCUACUUUAGAACAAGAACUUCAGAAACAGAAAGUAUAUGCAGAAGAUGAGUUGAGAAAGGUAGAGGAGAAACUCUACCUAGCUUCCCAGGAAGCAGAUUUAAACAGACAAAAGGUGGAUGAACUUAACAGCAUGAUCCGACAAAAAACACUGGAGAUGGAUGAGUAUAAGAAUGAACUUACUGGUAUGGAAAAAGAAGUAAUGCAAUUAAAACGAGACGCUGAUGACAAAGCAAUGCAAAUAAAUAAUUUGGACAUCACUUUGAAAGAAGCACGAUCAGAACUCAGUGAAAAGACAAGUGAGGUGGCUGAUUUAGAAGAUAAAGUGCUUCAAAGUGAGACUUGCCACAAGGAAGCAUUACAGAAAAUAGCAGAACUAGAAUCUGCGUUGCAAAAGGCCCAUAGAGAAUUAAAAGUAAUUUCACCGCAGCUUCAGGGAUUGCAAGAUGCAUUGCAGAAUGCGCAGUUGUCUCUGGAGGAGAAGCAGGUUGCUAUCAUGAAUCUAACAGCUGAGCUCAGGUAUUGCAAGGGAGAAGUUGAAGACAAAAAACAAGAGCUGCUUGACAUGGACCAAGCAUUGAAAGAGAGGAACUGGGAACUGAAACAAAGAGCAGCACAGAUUACACAGUUGGAUAUGACAGUUCGUGAACAUAAGGGAGAAAUGGAACAACAAAUAAUUCAGUUAGAGUGCAAUUUGGAGAAAUCAGAGUUAGAAGUCAAGGAAUGUCAUAAACAGAUUGAGAGCUUAGAGAGCAAACUCCAGCAUUCUAAGCAGAAACUUCGUGAAAAAGACUUUGAACUGCUCCAAAGAGAUCAAGAAAUAAACCAGCUGAAGAAGAAAAUGGAAAGAAAACAGCAGAGCCUAGAAGCUCUUGAAAAGACAGUGAAAAACCAGGAGAAUUGCAUUGGAGACCAGUACAGGGAAGCAUUAGAUUUGUGUCAGCAAUUGAAGUUAGAACGAGAACAGCUGCAGCACACUCACUCCGAGCUGCUGGAGGCUCGUCAAAUGCUAGUGCAGUCCGAAAGAGAAGCAGACAAACUAUCACAUGAAUUGGAAGAAGUAAACCAUUUGUCCCAAGAGAAGGUCACUUCAACAUUUCAAUUCAGAACUGAAAUUUGUUCUGAAUCUCGUGCAAACCGUCUGGCAGAAGAACUGGCUGCUGCCAAAGCUCGUGAAGUUCAACUAGAACUACAAAUGCAAUCUGAGAUAAGCAAGCUUUCUGCAGAAAUAAGUUCAUUAAAAGAUGCUUGUCGGAUAAAGCUUACUCAUGAGAAAGACCAAGCAAAAAGACAGAUAUCAACAGAACACCAGAAAUUUGGUUCUUACCAUCUGAGUGAACAGUUGCAGCAGAUGAAGCGAGAGUUAGAAGAGGCUCAAGACAAUGUCACGAAUCUGCAGCUACAGCUUCAGGUUUGAGAAUGAUGAAGAAAGAAAUAUUGGCUGUUGGACAACAGUAACUCUUGAAUGCUGUUGCUGGCAACAUAAUAGUGCAUUCUAUGAAGAAAUUUCAGUAUAGUAUUUGUAGACAAUGAAUGUAUUUGUGCUGGUGCAAAAUCCAGUCUUAAUUUUCCAAACAUUUUUGUGAUUAUUGCCUUAAUAUAUUCACUUAUUUUAUUUUUCAGAAAUAAAGCUUAUUUUUAAGUA